AUGGCAGGGAAUUGUAGAAAUAAGGAGAGAACUUUGGAUGUGGAACGUGGAGAGGAGGAACACGAAGUGAGGGUCUGCACUUGGGGUGGUCAGCACUGCGGAUGCCCAGCAAAGGCACUGCCUGGUCUACAUCACGGAGGGGUCUCUGCGCCCCAGUCGGCAUCGCAGCUGAUGGUGAAACUUUUGGUGUGGCGGAAGAGUGUCCCCAAACUUUGGAAGGUAUCUGCUGCAUCCUCCACAGUCAUGUAUGCCUGCCGAGGGCGAUCUUCUCGGGGAGCAGAAAGUCUCGCUCAUGGACCAGGGCUGAGGCACUUGCGCGGUGCAGCCCUGGCGGAGGUUCAGGCGGCCCCGGUGUCGCAAGCGGCUGUGAGUGAUGCUUCCAUGGGGCCGGAGGGGUCCCAGGAAGGCUGCAGACCAGGGCUGAGCAGCGGGCAGCAUGGUGGCCGCGAUGGAAGGUGACGGGGUUCUCAGCGCCAGGGGACCCAGCAGAGCCCGAGCCCGGGCAUCCCGCGUCUCCAGCAGCACCGCGGAGAGUCCUGGCGUUGGUGACGCGGCGGCCACUGCACGAGGCCCACGACCCAGUCCCAGAGGCCAGCCCAUCGUCAGUUAACAUCAGGAACCCCGGGCCAGCUGAGGCCCGGGCCCCACCGGCAAGACAAAGGGCAGAGGGUCCGCAGGCGGGGCCGAGAGCCGGCAGCGCAGGCCUGGCUCCACCGGCGCGGAACUCGCAGGGCACAGCAGGCACCGGGCAGCUACCAAGGCUUCCAGAGGAGGCUGUGCACCCGCGCAAAGGCUCCUGCCUGGCGUCCAGCCUCUCCGCGGGGACUCCACGUGCACCCCCUCCUCAUGGUCCUUGUCUAGGGCCGCGGCAAGGUACUCGCUCCCAGGGCGCGACUCCGGGGGCACAGGAGCCUGGGCUGAGCAGCUGGAGUAGGGUGAGCACCGCCAAGAACCCAGUGAGAGUGGCGCCCCAGGGCGGCACAGGAGGCCGCAUUUAACGUGUCAAUCAUCUCAAAGAUUUUAUGACAUCUUCUUUUUUUGACAUCUUAUAAUAUCUAUAAUGUCUAUUAUAUCUUGUGAUAUAAUUAUUAACACCACUUCAUUGUGAUUAUUAUUUUUAU